AUGGCCGGGAGAUCUCUAACACACCUGUCCUCUCCCCUCCAGGUGUUGGUGUUCCACGUGGUGCGGGGGCCCUUCGUGGAGGAGUUCUACCAGUGCGUCACCUAUGGCCUCUACUCGCCGGCGUGGCUGGAGAAGCUCUACGCCGUGUUCAGCCUGGUGUGCAUGUUCGUGCUGCCGCUGCUCAUCCUCCUCCUCACCUACAUAUCCACCUUCAUCACCCUGCACAAGAGCGAGAAAGUGUUCAGGAGCGAGAGGACCACCUUGGGGAACACCUGUCCGGAGUUCAACAGGAGGAGGCUGCUGCGGAAGGCGAAGAUGCGCGCCCUCAGGAUCUCCGUGGUGAUCGUGCUGGCCUUCGUCAUCUGCUGGACGCCUUACUACAUGAUGAUGAUUAUCUUCCUCUUCACCACCGUCGAGGAGAACGUUGCGGCAGAGCUACAGUCCGGAAUAUUCUUCUUCGGGAUGUCUAACAGCCUCGUCAACCCAAUCAUCUACGGCGCCUUCCACCUGUGUCGCUGCCACAAGCGUCGCACCUCUUUCAACCUCAUCGUAAUCAACAGGACCGGCUCCAACCUGCAGUACCGGGCCAGCACGCGGGCCAGCUCGCGCUUCACCACCUACCGGAGCUCCGGGGCCGACCUCGACACGUCCGUGGUCAAUGUGUUCGAGGACGGGCAGGUCCGUUACUCGUUCCGAAGACGCUCAAGCCGCCAAAAGUCUCUCCUGGCGGCGAGCGCAAGAAACUCAACGAAGGAGGCGGAAGGCGGCCGGGACUCCCUCCUGAGACCUUCCAUACGCUACGGCAGGACGUUGCAACCCUGCGGAAGGUCCACGUACGUCCCUUAUGAGCACUCCACAGCAGGUCUGGAUCCCCUGACCUGCCACUUGGGCGAGGACAGGAAUCACAUUGACGAGAACGGGCCAGAGCCGGAGAACGAGACGACAGCAACGGAUAUCGAGAUGGAUGAUGACGCGAAGAGGAGGUUCAAUCAUCAUCUGAGCAGCAACGGCAGGAAGAACUCGUGGUCCAUGAAUGAUAUCUCCCUUCAGAGGAACCACCGCGGCCUCUCACAUCACCCUUCUCUGCCCCUGUCACGGCCGCGCACUCCACUACCCGAGGCGGAUGGCAUAGCGGUUCCAGUCUCGCCAAAGAGCAUUCAAAAUCACCACUACAACGGGAUCUCACUUCUCGAGCCCGACCUUCCCCCGCGCGAGUGCGAUACCCAGCUAUAAGGAGGACUAGGAAGAAAGGAAGGCAUGGGUUAGGGAUAGGAGGACAGAAGAGGAAAGGAUAUGUAUGAAGGAAAAUUGGAAAUAAGAGAGGAGGGUGCAUCAGCAGCGAGGAGCAAUAAGAAAGAGAAAGGUCAUGGUGAGUGAGAGCGUGAAAAGAGAGAAGGAGGAGGAGGAGGAGGAGGAGGAG